AUGGGAUACCUCGACGACGAAGUUAAGCGCCUUCAGGGCAUCAUCUCCAACAUCGAGGGCCGGGUGCAGGCCCUGGAGAGCAGGCAACUGGGCGGUAACCAGAAGAAGACGGCGGAGGAGAUUCGCAUGAUCCUCAUCGGCCCUCCCGGCGCUGGCAAGGGGACACAAGCACCCAAGAUCAAGGAGAAGUUCAACUGCUGCCACUUGGCGACCGGUGACAUGUUGCGCUCGCAAGUCGCCAAGAAGACGACUCUCGGCCGGGAAGCUAAGAAGAUCAUGGAUGCGGGCGGCCUUGUCAGCGACGACAUCGUCAUUGGCAUGAUUAAGGAGGAGCUUGAUAACAACAAGGAGUGCAAGGGCGGCUUCAUUCUCGACGGCUUCCCCCGCACUGUCCCCCAGGCCGAGGGCCUUGACAAGAUGCUGCGCGAGCGCAGCCAGUCGCUGCAGCAUGCCGUGGAGCUCAAGAUCGAUGACCAGCUCCUGGUCUCCCGCAUCACCGGCCGCCUGGUCCACCCCGCCAGCGGACGCAGCUACCACACCACCUUCAACCCGCCCAAGGUGCACAUGACGGACGACAUCACUGGCGAGCCGCUCAUCCAGCGCAGCGACGACAAUGCCGAGGCCCUGAAGAAGCGCCUUGCCACCUACCACAAGCAGACCGCCCCGGUCGUCGACUACUACAGGAAGACGGGUAUCUGGCAAGCCAUUGAUGCUGCCCAGGCCCCCGGCCAGGUCUGGAAGAGCCUUCAGGCCAUCUUCGACGGCGACAAGGCCAAGGCCAAGAAGGCUGGCAGCGGCCUCCUGAGCAAGCUCACGCCCAGCUCGUAG